CCGCAAGUCACCUUUUACCAGCAGAGAGGGGAGUAACGUUUAGGGGGGGUUAAAGAGAAAAAAAUCCGAGAGACAGUGUUAAAGUAUUAGAGUGGUGCUCCGAGGGCUGCGGGAAGCUGCAAAUUCACACUGUCACCGUAUUUAUAAGAAACUCAACGUGGUGCGCGGAAGUUUGUGUUUACUGGUGUCGUGGUAGCAGCUAGCUGGCUGGCCCUGUUAGCUUGUUAGCGAGGAAGCUGGACAUCAACAUUUACAGCUUAACAAGCAGCUGGAUAAUAGAAAAGCGUCUGGUUAUGUCCUAACAUUUGAAAACAAACUGUUUGGCAGAUGUUGCGCACUGGACCUGCAACCCGUCCUCCUCAUCGGACCUAGAUCAUCGUAUCGUCCGUGAUGGCUCCCCUGCUCAGCUAGUACGACGCGUGGAAACAAUCUGCAGCCCGCUAACCAUGGGAGGAUGUGUGGGGAGAUACUGGGAAGGCUGGGAGGACACACAGAGCCGAGGCUCCUCCAGGAACGGCGGACGGGGAGGACGUAAUGAGCCUCUGAAGAAAGAUCGUCCCAAGUGGAAGAGCGACUAUCCGAUGACAGAGGGCCAGCUACGGAGCAAGCGGGAUGAGUUCUGGGACACGGCGCCGGCCUUCGAGGGCCGUAAAGAGAUCUGGGAUGCCCUUAAAGCCGCGGCUGUGGCCCUAGAGUGUAACGACCACGAGCUGGCCCAGGCUAUAGUGGAUGGAGCCAGUAUCACACUGCCACACGGUACUCUGACGGAGUGUUAUGACGAACUCGGGAAUCGCUACCAGCUGCCCGUCUACUGCCUGGCCCCACCUGUCAACCUCAUCUCAGAGCGUAGCGACGAGGACCCCAGCGACAGCCCUGAACCUCCUGUGGCCCCCAAGAAGGAAUUCCAGCUCAAGGUACGUAUGUCCACAGGUAAGGACCUGCGCCUCAGUGCCAGCAUGGCAGACACCAUAGGGCAGCUAAAGAAGCAGCUGCACGUCCAGGAGGACAUCGACGCCUCCCACCAGCGCUGGUUCUUCUCCGGCAAGCUACUCACGGACAAGACACGGCUGCAAGACACUAAGAUCCAGAAGGACUUUGUCAUCCAGGUCAUCGUCAACCCACAAGCCCUCCGAGGCCCCAAGCUGUCACCCACCACCACCACCAACACCACCACCACCACUGAGUCCUCCCCUGCAUCUGAAUAACUGACGACGAAGGGGAUGAAUGGAGGAGAUGGCGAAGGGGAUGGCAGACGCUGAAGGACCAGAGGUGCCUCCUAAUGCUGGAUAACUUUUUGAGAACACCUGCUGUUACUGAAAUAGGUUUAAAAAAGAACUGUAGAGGUACAAUACUAUAUGAGGGAGAAACUCAACAGUGCUGCUUUCUUUCAACUACCAUGUGUCAUUGUAUUUUUUGGUUCUGCUGGGUUGUUCUUAAAGUGAAUCCAGUCACCACACUAACUCUGGAGAUCCUCAUCCCCUCGUCUUUUUGAACCACCUACAAAAUGCGCACGUCAUGCUACACAUGCAAAGACUCUGCCUCUGCUCUUUCAUCCGCACGAAUGCUUAUGAAGUGCCAACGGAAGAACCGCAGAGGUGUUUGUGUUGGUUCUAAAGCACAUCUCUACUUUGGACUAUGACGCCCAUGGACUCUGCACUGCAAUCCUUUUCUCUUCCACAGAAACUGAAAGGGAAGGCAGUGAGCGAGACAAUGAGCUUUUUUCCUUUUUUUUCCCCCCCUGCUUUCUUUUAUUGAGGAAUUAAUGUAAACUGAGCUUUUUUGCACAUUUGAAGAUUACUAUACUUUUGUGGUAGUUUGUGUGCCUUCUACAAGAUGAAACAAAAAAGGGUUAAUGUACUGAAAGAUGCUAGUUUUCCCGCUAGGCUAAGCCUUCUGUAUUUUUUUAGAUUCAGGAACUCUUAGAUCAAUCCAAGCUAUAACUGCUGCCUUUUUUUAAUGAUUUCAUGAAUAUUGCAGACAAAACAUAGUGAAUGGGUGCUGGUGUGUGUGCGUGCGUGUGUGUGUGUGCGCGUGCGUGUGUGUGUGUGCGCAAACGGAAUAUGUAUUACCCAUAUAUUUCAGUUUGACGUAGCUCACAUUGACAAGACUGUUUCCCUGGUGUACAACUCUUUGCAGUCAGUUCACCUAUAAUAUCAUAUUGUUGAAGGAAAGUGAAAUUCACACACAAAUAUUAUGGUCUUCAACAUUAGCAUUAUUGGCCACUGAAUGACCCCCUGACCACCACGGGGCAGAAAUAUUCAAAAUCAAACUCAUAGCAACAUCGCCCUGAUAUAUCACUUGAGUUGCUUAGGGCUAGCUAUCGUUUUUUUUUUUUUCUCACCACCUGAUGAAUGUACAUCCAGUAUUUGCUCGCCUUUUAUCCUCAGUGUAGUCCAUAAGAAAACUUUAACAUUUGAUUGCUAAAUGUUUGACUUUCUUCACCAGCAGGCUUGCACGAGCGCGUUUGCCGGAAACGGCAAGUUUUAUGUGUGUGGAGAGCGGUGGAUCAAAACAAGCUGUUGAUUUGGGUGUUCAUUCUCAGUGGGAGCGGAAGUACUACCAGCCCAUUCAAAUUACAGGGGGGGGGGGAGAAUGUUGGAAGAGGUUAAAA